AUGAAGAGGCUCAAGACCAAGGGCCGCCACACAAGCGGCGGCGGCGGCACCGCUGGCGCAGCUCAGGCUGUCGGGGAGGGUGCCGAGCGGCCUGCUGAAGCAGGGGAUGAGACAAAAGCGGUGGGGAAGGGCAACGGCGGCCUGGCCGUUGGCCCCGAGCAGAUCGGCGUUGCCAUUCCGGGCGGCACCCUGGCGGCUGGUGACAAGGAGUUCAACCACAUGGCCGCCCCCAAGUGGUGGAGCACGGUGGAUGUGGUGACCACGCAGGACGGCAAGCUCAGGCGCAUCACAGACGAUGAGAAGGCGGAGCAGGAGAUUGCGGGGGCUCACGUGCUGCUCGCCAAGCCCAGCGUGCGCUACCGCAAGACGGUCAACACCUACGACCACGCGGGCCGUCCCACGUCUGUCCACGCGCAGCAGUAUGCGGUGCUGGUCACAAACGUGAACCAGCCCGUCUACCCCGAGUACCAGGGGGACAGGCCCGUCCUGGGUGCGGGCAUCUGUGGCAACCCCAACGUGAAGUACGGCGGCGAUGACGUGUGGCUCGGGGAGCGCCACAGGCAGUUUGUUGAAGCCCUGGAGGCUAGCAAGCGGGCGGUGGCCAACGCCUCCCGGCCACCCAGGACUGUGACUGGCAAGGACGCACAGGCGGCGGUUCAGGCGGCUGAGGCCGUGGCGGCGCUGGAGGCGGCAGAGGCCGGGCUGCCAGCGGGUGUGGCGCCCUGGUCUGCGUCACGGGGGCGUGGGGCGGUGGCCCCUGGGCGCGCAGCUGAGCUCUGGGGCCGUGCGCGUGCUGCGGUGCGCUCUGGUCGGGUGAGGCGGCUGCUGACCAGCGAGACGUACUCCACCGUCGGCGCCGUGUUCGCCGCGCUCUUCCCGGACGACUUUGACAGGGUCGUCCCCGUGUUCAACUUCAGGGAGACGGACCUGCUGAUGCGCCAGUGGGACAUCAAGCUGGGGCAGCUGGAGGCGGCCGAGCGUGCUGUGGCGCUGGGCGGGAAGCGCAAGACAAUCAGGCCCAAGGGGUCCGGGGGGGCUGUGGAUCAGAUCGAGUGGCUGGUGGCAGAGGUGGCACGCCUGGAGCGCGCAGUACUGGAGGCGCGCGACAGGGCGCUCGUGUUCAACUCGACGCCCUCCUCCUUUGUGCUGUUCAGGACCCAGAAGGCUGCGGCCAUCGCUUCGUCCUGCAACAUCCACCCCCUGAGGAAAGAGCUCUUCAAGGUGUUCCCUGCGCCGGGCCCCGAGGAGGUCAACUGGGAGGCGCUGUGGUUCACCCACGCCCAGCGCGUGCGGCGCGCGUUCUACGUGACGCCCUUCCUGGUGGUCCUGGUGCUGCUGCCGGUGUCGCUGCUGACCUCAGCCAUGACGCAGCUCAACGACCUCUUCUGCUCGGCCAACAACACCAAGCUGCGGUGGGACGACUACUGCUACAGCGGCAUGCGCUUCUUCACCAUCCUGAGGUCCGUGCUCACCGGCUUCGUGCCCGCCCUGCUCAUACAGCUCUGGCAGGGCCUACUGAUGCCGCGACUGGUCUACCUGGCAGCUCAGUCCGAGGCAUGCCACUACAGUCUGAGUGACCUGGACCGCCGCAUGGGCUCCAUUUACUUCCUGUGGGGCUGCUUCAACUUCUUCGGCGGCGGCGUCAUUGGCAGCACGGCACUUGCCAGGGUGCCUGAGAUCAUCAACAAGCCCUUUGAGACCCCACAGCUGCUGGGCUACGCGCUGCCAGCCACAGCCAAGUUUUUCUUCAGCUACCUCAUCCUGCGCACCCUGAUGACGAUCCCCCUGCGCUUCCUCAUAACCCAGCCCGGAGUGUGGCAGGCCUGGAUCAGGAUUGGGCUGAUGCCGUUCUCCAAGAGUAUGCGCGACGACCACGUGGCGGAGCGCACACUGUUCAUGCGCAACGCCAUCCGCUCCCCGCGCUACGGCGUCGAGUACGGCGCCAACACCUGCCUCAUCCUGCUCAUCUGCUUUGCCUUCGCUGUCAUCUGUCCCCUGCUGCCGCUCUUUGGGGUGUUCUUCUUCCUCGGCCAGUGGCUCUUCUGGAGGUACCAGCUGAUCUACAACUACCAGCGCAAGUAUGAGAGCGGUGGCCAGUUCUUCCCCUUCGUGGCCGACCGCAUCAUGGUGUGCGCCGCCGUCAUGGUGGCGUUCACAGGAUGUGUCAUGAUUGUGAAGCGCGCAUGGGCACAGGCCACGCUGGACCUGUACAUCCACGGCAUGAGGGAGAUGCCGCUGCUGGUGGCGCAGAUGGCACCUCGGGCGCGAGUGCCCGCAACGGUGUAUGUCCCGCCUCCGCUGCAGGCCAAUGGCUGGCUCUGGUACCCCGAGUUCAACCGCUGCUGGGAGUGGUUUGGAAUGCCAGGCUACUCGUGGUGA